AUGUGCUGUAUUAGUGGUGGAUACAUUGAUAUUCCUUCUGGCAAGCACCUGGUGUGUAUUCCUGGCAAAAUCACCACACAAGAAUCUCUGAACUGUUUAGAGGAAUGUUCCAAAGGGAAAUUUGUUGAGGAUAGCUUGUGCCUUGAAUCUUCAGUCCUGGAUGAAGAAAAAUGGAAAUUGAAGACAAUACAAAGUCAUGAAAUACAAAAAAAUGCUGUUAAUAAAUUUCCCGGGGAAAUCUCGUUGUUGAAAAUACAAAGAAAACCGCAAAAAAACUUAAAUGACAAUACAGAAAUUUGCCGGUUUUCCCCACCCUCCCUUCACUCGGAAAUCAUGUGUCCAAUAUGCCCCGAAAAUGCUAAAGAAUACAAAAGACCACAAAAAAGGGAAAGCCUUCACUUUUUUUGUCAAGGUUUUUGGGAAUGUAUCAUCACAGCAUUAAGAUCGGGUAACAAAGAAUGUCCAACGUGCCGUAAAAAACUAGUAUCGAAGAGGUCAUUACGACCUGAUCCAAAUUUUGACACACUGAUUUCCAAGAUAUACCCAAGUCGUGAUGAAUACGAGCAACAUCAGGAACGAGUAUUUGCCAAGCUUAAUAAAAAUCAUAAUCAUGCCUCUCUGAUUACGUCAAUUGAAGAAGGCAUCAAGCUUCAGAUCCAGAGUCGCCAGAAGAAUCGUAAAGCCAUGCAAGAUGAAGGCACCACACCGACACCCACUCCAUCAGCACCCUCUACUCCCACUCCCAGUGAACCUCCAAGUACCCCGACAACUACUAAUAUUAGCAGUGUAAAUGCCACAACUCCAACGAAUGCUGCAGCAGCUACUAAUGCCACUGCUCCAACAAAUGCUGCAUCUUCAACAGUCGGGCCCAGGGUGAAAAAGCCUCGGAGAACGUCUGAAAAUGAGUCUGGGGCAGGCUCGAGUAAUGAUGGUAACCCAGGGGAAGAAGCUGAAGGACCCAGUGAAUCUGGUGAGAUAGAGCUAGUAUUCAGACCACAUCCACUUGAAAUGAAUGAAGAUAAUGAACUUAUCAGAGAACUGAAGGAUUCUUCCAUACGCUACAUUAAAACAACAGCUAAUGCAACUAUUGAUCACUUGUCCAAGUACCUUGCAAUGAGACUGACUCUUGCAAAUCGCACUGGAGAGCUGGAGACAGAACUUCCGUCAUCCCUCAACAACUUCUGUAUAUAUAUUGCACCAACACCGGAUCAGUACAUCAUUGUGGUCGGCUCCCUCACCCUGGAACAAAUUAACGAAAAAUACUGGAGAGUAAACAAGCCCAUGGAAAUGUUUUAUUCAUGGAAGAAAAACUAAAGGUGAAAACAACUAGCAAAUAUGUAUGCAAGAAACUUCCUACAGUGGCUGUUGGUUGACUGGCAGAUAUGUAUGCAAGAAACUUCCUACAGUGGCUGUUGGUUGAGUGGCAUGCAGAUUAAGCAUGCUUGCAAUUCAACAUUUAAAUUGUAAUAUACACUGUGUCUAUUGUUUCAGAAAUUGCUGCUAUUGGGUGUUGGCAUCAAACUUAGGAAUCUGAAAAUUCUUCUUUAUAAAGAAUGUACAUAGA